GUCGGCAAAGUAAAGCGAGGAUAUUGUUAAAAAUAAAAUGGCACUAGCAGAAAUUUGCAAAAUUUCGAAUGCUUCAUAUAUGAAGCCAACUGCCUGGUCUUCGAGUGAAGUGGAGGACGAGCUGAAUGCAUACACCAGCAACAUUGCAAAUCCAUACACAUUGGCGGCUCCUCCAUUCGAGAAUCCGCUUGAGAAUUUGAAUAAAAUCCAAGCAAAUGGUGAUAAAACCGGCAUUAAGAUCAACUUUGAUCACGGCACUACAACUCUGGGAUUCAAGUACCAAGGCGGCGUCAUUUUGGCCGUUGAUUCGCGUGCUACUGGUGGCCAAUAUAUUGGAUCACAGUCGAUGAAAAAGAUUGUUGAAAUAAACCAAUUUUUGCUCGGCACAUUGGCCGGCGGUGCUGCCGACUGCGUGUACUGGGAUCGCGUGCUAUCCAAGGAAUGCCGCCUGCACGAGCUGCGCAACAAAGAACGCAUUUCAGUGGCUGCCGCCAGUAAGAUCAUGGCUAACAUUGCUCACGAGUACAAGGGCAUGGGCCUCAGCAUGGGCAUGAUGUUGGCUGGCUAUGAUAAGCGCGGACCUGGUCUUUACUAUGUGGACUCCGAAGGAUCACGCACUCCCGGCAAUGUCUUUUCAGUUGGCAGCGGCUCCAUUUAUGCAUUUGGUGUUCUCGAUUCGGGCUAUCAUUGGGAUUUGGAAGAUGCUGCCGCACAGGAGCUGGGCCGCCGUGCCAUCUACCAUGCAACGUUCCGUGAUGCGUAUUCGGGCGGUAUCAUCCGUGUAUACCACAUGACCAAAAAUGGCUGGAUUAAAAUUUCAGAAACAGAUUGCAUGGAGUUGCAUUACAAGUACAAGGAAGAGAAGGAGUCCAAGUAAUAUUUUAUAUCUACUAU